AAACGCUAACAGGAUGUCUCACAUUUAUACAUCCGGUGAAAUAUCUGUCUCAUCUAGCUGUGAUUCAACUUUGGAAAACUAAACAGCGACAUGGAAUCGGAGAAAGAAGUGCAAUCAAUAGGAGAUGUCCCUGACCCAGAGGAGGAAGAGAAGAGGCUGGCGGCAGCAGCCCGGGAAGCCAACCAUCUAACUGAGUUGAGGCUGGUGCUGUUGGGCUGGAGGUGGCCUGGGAAGAGCCUGACAGGCAAUACCAUACUGGGCCACGAGGAGUUCCGCCUGGAGCGGGCGGCUGAAUUCUGCGUCAAGCGUCAGACUGAGGUGGAGGGGCGCCAGGUGACGGUAAUAGACACGCCGGGCUGGUUCUCGACACAGUCCACGCCACCAGUUUACCAGCAGGAGAUGGUGCGGGGCGCCUCCAUGUGCGGGCCCCUGGGCCCCCACGCUUUCUUGCUGGUCAUCCCUGUGGGCAUGUUUACCGAGGUGGACCGGGCCCGCAUCGAGGAGCACUUGGCUCUGUUCGGGGAGCGUGUGUGGAGGCAUACCAUCGUGGUGUUCACCUGGGCAGAUGUGCUGAGGAACAUGUCCAUCGAGAGGCACAUCAAGCGAGAGGGGAAGGAUCUGCAGUGGGUGCUGGAAAAGUGCAAGAUGCGGUACUUUGUCAUCAGCAACUACAUAUUUGGGGAGCACCCCCAGCUGCGACAGCUUAUGGAGAAGAUAGAGAAGGUGGUGGCGGAGGAGGGCAUCUAUAACCCAGAGGAUGUGGAGGAGAAGAAACCUCUGGGCCAGAAUCAGAACCAAACCCAGAACCGGGAGCUUGGAGCAAGGCCCAAAGUGAAUUCUGCCGUAGGAUUGGCCAAAAUGGACAUGGACCCGCCCCACAAUUCAGUGGAUGGACUGACUGACUGAAGGAGAGCUGGUGAGCCACCGCAGUACUGAUUUCAGAGCUCUAUGUCCAUACGUUACCCCAACCUCAGGGCCUGUAUUCAUAAAGCGUCUCAGUGUAGGAAUGUUGAUCUACGAUCAGUUCCCCUUUUAGAUCAUAAUGAAUGGGUGGGUGGGGGGGCGUGACCCUGACUCUGAGAUGCUUUAUGAAUACAGGCCCAGAUUCUUUUAAACCUUUAAGACUUAAUCUCUCUACCAUUUUAUAUAAAUAAUAGUUAUCUGUAACUGGAUGUAGGCUAACAUGAUCAGGGGUCCCGUUAAUGCGGAAUUCUGCGUUUAUCACACCACAGGGGGGGGGGGGAGAUAAAACCCAUAAAUAUCUUGCUGCAUUUUGUAAACAGAGAUCUAAAAUGCUUCUUGUAAUUGCUGCUCGGCAUCAGGCUUCUUUUUUUUUGUUGCUUCAGUUGCAAUUCUACACUCCAUUGAGAAUUCACGAACGGGCAUUCUAUCAGAAGGCAGCGCUCUGACUGAUGUGUAGCUAUUUUUCUUCAGUACAUUUUAUCGGUGUAGCCUGCUUUUCUCUGGUAAAAUGUACGAUUAACUUCAAGCAAAACCUAAGUAAAUGAUGUGGCUGCCGGCCAAAUAGCGUUUCACUUCUGUUGUCAUCUGAUGAUAAUGAAGCUAUUUUCUGCUGAAUGUGUUGCACUAAUAUAUUUUAUGUGAAGGAAAACUGUAGUUGCAUGUCCCUGAUCACUAUUGAAGCAACAAAGGAAAACGUUUAAUAUAAAAUAGUUAGAAACCUUGA